CUUUAAUAGGUAUUUAAGUGUCCACGGUAAAGGCUCAGGAGUUUAUGAGGCUAGCAGGGUUGGGGAAUCCCAACAAACGGCGGGGCGCUGCUCAAGCUCCAUCCGUCCGUCCAUCCGCCCGUCCGUCCAUCAUCCAUCAUCCAUCCAUCCACCCAUCCCUCCAUCCAUCCCUCCAUCCAUCGCGCUGCUCAAGCUCCAUCCAUCCAUCCAUCCAUCCAUCCAUCUACCAUUUUAGAAGUAUCUACCUUGGCUUUUAGAGGUAUCUACCAUUUCCAAAACCUUUUGAGACCCCAUUAUCCCGUUUGUUGAAGGAGGAGUAUGUCACGUGGGCCUUCCAGAUAAGGCAGCUGAGAUUCGGAAGGACAGAAGACUCCAGCAAGUCUCCGGGACGCCCUUUUUGACGCUCCUGGGACUGCAGGGUCUGGGAAGGUUCCUGGUUACCGUGGCAACCGGCCGGCAGUCACGUGAGGCGGGCGGCCGGGCGGAACGCCUAAGAGGCUUCCGUAGUCGGGCGGCCGAUCACGUGUCGAGGGCUUCCCCGCGGGGACCCCCCUCCACCCCGGCUCCCGCGUCACAUGAUCGGCUUUAAGCAAUAUGGCGGCCGCCCUGAUGCAGGGCUGGGGCUGAACGGCAGCGAGUGCAGCGGCCUACUAUCCGGGGUGACGGGUGGCCUCAACGUGGGAUCCUGCCCUCUUCAGCCCGCCCUGUCCCCGACAUCACGUGUAUUCUGCAGGUCCUCUCCGUGCUGUGUCUACUGAAACGGGGAGGCGUGAGAGGGCCCCUCCUCCCUUCCAAGUCGUGCUCUGUGCUUCGGGGCAAGCCACCCGUCUCCGGGCGCUCUUCCCUUGCCUGGGUUCCGUCCAUCCUCCUUUCUCCAGUCUCCUCCCCUCGCAGGUGGGAUCGUCGGUGGGACUGGAGCGCGGGCGGGCGCGGCCCCCCGGGACCAUGGCCGGGUCCGACACCGCGCCCUUCCUCAGCCAGGCGGAUGACCCGGACGACGGGCCGGUGCCUGGCACCUCGGGGUUGCCAGGGUCCACGGGGAACCCCAAGUCCGAGGAGCCCGAGGUCCUGGACCGGGAGGGGCUGCAGUGCAUCACCGGCCUGUCUCCGGGCCAUUCGGCUCUUAUAGUGGGGGUGCUGUGUUACAUCAAUCUCCUGAACUACAUGGAUCGCUUCACCGUGGCUGGGGUCCUUCCUGACAUCGAGCAGUUCUUCGACAUCGGGGACAGUAGCUCUGGGCUCAUCCAGACCGUGUUCAUCUCCAGUUACAUGGUGUUGGCACCUGUGUUUGGCUACCUGGGUGACAGGUACAAUCGGAAGUAUCUCAUGUGCGGGGGCAUUGCCUUCUGGUCCCUGGUGACACUGGGGUCAUCCUUCAUCCCCAGAGAGCGUUUUUGGCUGCUCCUCCUGACCCGGGGCCUGGUGGGGGUCGGGGAGGCCAGUUAUUCCACUAUUGCACCCACCCUCAUUGCCGACCUCUUCGUGGCUGACCAGCGGAGCCGGAUGCUCAGUGUGUUCUACUUUGCCAUUCCGGUGGGCAGUGGUCUGGGCUACAUUGCAGGCUCCAAAGUGAAGGAUGUGGCUGGGGACUGGCACUGGGCCCUGAGGGUGACACCGGGGCUAGGAGUGGUGGCCGUUCUGCUGCUGUUCCUGAUAGUGCGGGAGCCGCCAAGGGGAGCCGUGGAGCGCCACUCAGAUUCGCCACCCCUGAACCCCACCUCAUGGUGGGCAGAUCUGAGGGCUCUGGCAAGAAAUCCUAGUUUCAUCCUGUCUUCCCUGGGCUUCACUGCUGUGGCCUUUGUCACGGGCUCCCUGGCUCUGUGGGCUCCUGCGUUCCUGCUGCGUUCCCGCGUGGUCCUUGGGGAGACCCCGCCUUGCCUUCCUGGAGACUCCUGCUCUUCCUCUGACAGUCUCAUCUUCGGGUUCAUCACCUGCCUGACCGGAGUCCUGGGUGUGGGCCUGGGUGUGGAGAUCAGCCGCCAGCUCCGCCGCUCCAAUCCCCGGGCUGACCCCCUGGUGUGUGCUGCUGGCCUCCUGGGCUCUGCACCCUUCCUCUUCCUGUCCCUUGCCUGUGCCCGUGGUAGCAUUGUGGCCACCUAUAUUUUCAUCUUCAUUGGAGAGACCCUCCUGUCCAUGAACUGGGCCAUCGUGGCUGACAUUCUGCUGUACGUGGUGAUCCCCACUCGACGCUCCACCGCUGAGGCCUUCCAGAUCGUGCUGUCCCACCUGCUGGGCGAUGCUGGGAGCCCCUACCUCAUCGGCCUGGCUUGCUGCGCGAGGCAGGGCCCACAGAUGACCGGAUCGUGGUGCCCCAGCGGGGCCGCUCCACCCGGGUGCCUGUGGCCAGCGUGCUCAUCUGAGAGGCCGCCGCUUGCCUGCCUGCACAUCUGCCGCAGCUGGCCCUGGGUCCACCCCACAAGGGGCCUGGGCCUAACCCCUUGGCCUGACCCAGCUUCCAGAGGGACCCUGGGCCGUAUCCCAGCUCCCAGACACUACAUGGGCAGCUCAGGGGAGGAGGUGGGGGUACAGGAAGGGGAUCCCCCUCCACAGGGGCAGCCCCAGGGGCUCGGUGCUAUUUGUUAUGGAAUAAAAUUUGUAGCCAGACCCCAGGUGCCUGCUCUUGUCUUUCUCUGGGUGACCUCUGAUCUUGCGUCCCGUCUUCACCCCAGGGCUCCUGAAGACUGUGGGUCACCCCUUGGGGCUCUGAGUGAGUCUCUGCCCUUCUGGUCUGGGUGA